UUGUGAGGAGAUGUCUGCUGAGGAGGCAGACGGCGGGAGGGUAACGUGGGGCGGAGGCUCGUGGUUUGAUCGGGAUGAGGGAAGUCUGAUGGUGGGUUCGUUCUCCACUUAGGCCCUAAAUUGACUAGUGCCAGCCAUAAACUUUUUUGAGGCCUGAAUAAUAGUGUUUUGACCCCAAAAGGAAAGAAAAUUGCAAAUCGAAAUAAAUAAGAAACUAACAUGUCAGCUGUAACUUUAACCCAUGUGGUUAUGAAUUAUAUUUAAUAUAGGAUGUAGGUGAAUUUAAUAUAUUUUGUAUAAUCUGGAGCGGGGCCUCAAAUGUAUGAGUGUUUAGGCCCCUCGGAGGUCUUAAAAUGGCCCUGGACUGAGAGAAGGGCUUGUGCCUCUGAACAAUAUCUAGACUUUGUUAUAUAGUCUGUUAACAUACGAAAAUAUUAUAAAUAUUUUAAAAUAAGUAUAUUGAAAUAUACUGUUCAGAACUGAACAGAAUAUUCUGGAUGUGGACCGCAUAGAUGUUGAUGGAAUGUAGUACCUGUCUAUUAUUAUCUAAGCGUAACUUUACCUUUUGGGGCAGAUAGAGUACACUGUUCCCUUACAUUGACUCUGUGACCAUCCAGACUUACAAGUCGUAGACAUCUAGACCAAGAGUUGGCAGACUUUUCUGUAAAGGCCAGAUAAUAGAUAUUUUAGGUUUUACAGGCCUGACGUCUCUGUCACAGCUGCUCUGCCAUUAUAGCAGGAAAGCGGCCAUAGACAGUACAUGAACAAAUGAGUGUGGCCAUGUUCCAAUAAAUGUGAAUUUCACAUAAUUUUUAUGUGUCACAAAAUUUUUUUUUAUUAAAAAAAAUUUUUUUAAUGUAAAAACUGUUUGUGGGCCGUACAAAAACAGGACCAGGCCAGAUUUGGCCCACAGGCAGUAGUCUGCCAACUUCUGAUCUAGACCUAUCCUAUGUAAUUGAUUUUUUAAAUCUAAAUACAGGCCUUUACUGUUUUCCUUAUUAAAUAUCUCAUUGAAACUUAUCUUUCUAACUUGCUUAGAUAUUUUUGAGUGCUACUUCUAUCAUCUAGCAUUUUAGCUGAUAUCCCAGUGGCCUGGCAUGGACCAAUAAUUUGAAAUUUGUCUCCAAAAAUGGAGGAUCCCAAGAGACCAAAGAAAGAGGCGGGCAACUCCAGUACGGCAGCAAAGGAGUAUAUUAGAGAGACUUACGUACGAGGCGAGCCCUGGGUGGCUACAGGACCGGAGCAGAUCUGUGCCUUGCAGUGGAAGGGCAGAGGUUUUAUAGUGGUGGUGGACAGUAGUGGCUCCAUGCCAGGGGCUUACAUAAGAAUGCAAACUGUAGUGAACUGGCAGACCACAUGAGGGCGCACAUGUUUGGCCUGGCAAAGCCUGUUUCCCCUUCAGCCCACCGCCCCCACCCCGCCCCAAAGUUGGCUCUUACAAUCUGGCACGUUUUCUCUCUUGUGCUGUAGUACGGGAGACCCCAUUCCCUCCCCGCCGGGAACAGAUGUUCAAGAGACAGAGAAAGUUACUGUGUGCCCAGAACAGGGGGAAGCCUUCUCUGAUAAGGAGAAGGAACUAGAAGAGGGAGGGUGACCCAGUUCCCAGCCUCCUUAUCAGAGAAUGCUCUGGGCUCAAGGCCUUUACUUAGGCAGCCUGGAUGGGAUGCACGGAGGCAGACCAUUCCCCCAACACUCAGCUUUGUGUCAUCUGCAAAAUUGACAGGCAUGCUUCUUUGUGUCCUUAAUAAGAAUGGUGAAUGGGACACGCAUAGAGGUCUUAAAUAAGUUCAUUUUGUUCCAAUGACUAUAAUCAUUCAGAGUUUUCAGUGUAUACCUAAAAUACUGUCUGUCACCCAACCACAUUUUUGUAUCUGAUCCACAGGGUAUCUUGAGAAGCUUUGUCUGAAGCUUUGCUGAAAUGUUGAUAACAUCUCCCCCAUUGUUAGUGACUGUAUCAAACAGAAGAAAUGAAACCAAUAUGGUAUAGCUUGUGAACUAGUAUUAUUGCUGCUUCCAGUUUUACAACUUUGUUGUUGACAUUUUCAAGACCAUUUUAAUAGUGAACUUUAAUAAUUUAAGAAUUUUGUGGAGAGUUAACAUGCAAGUUUAUCAAUCUGUAUAUUCAAGAAUUCACUUUCUUUGCCUUCUUCAAAUCAUGGAAUAACAAUGUCCGUCCAUCACUAGUUCUAUGGUAUUGAUAGUAUUAAAAGCUGUGGUAAGAUUGGUCAAGAAAAAAAGGACAAAUAAACAGCAUUGGAAUAUAUGCCUUUUUUCCUAAUCUAUUUUACCACACCUUUUUUUAAUUUACAUUUUAUUUUUUAUUUUAGUAAAAUAAUGUAACAAAACAUUCACUAUUUCAGUCAUUUUUACUUGUACGAUGCCAUGACAUUAAUUAUGUUCCCAGUGUUGUGCAACCAUCACCACUAUCUGUCCCCAAAUUUUUAUCACCCUUCACAAAAACUCGGGUUACCCUUUAAGCAAUACAGACAGUCCUCGACUCACAGCAAGUUUCCAUUCCAACCACUCCGUUGUAAGUUAGUUUUGAUGUAAGUUGAAUACCUCCUUUUUUUUUUUAGUUUUCAUUAUUGGCUUUUAUUAUCAGUAUCUUUAUAAAUUUGAUCUUUGUCUUUGGGGGUUGGAAACGUUAGAGACAUAUUAAUACAUAAAUACAUAGUUAAAAAAUUCACAAAUGAUAAAAAUUUACUCAAAUGUUGAAGACGAGUUGGACAACGUUGGCAUUGUGUCAGUUGCAGUAAUCACUUGUGGAAGGCUCUGGAUCAUCUGGAUUAUAUCUGGGAAUGAGAAUGGCAUUUCUAGUCAGAAAAAGUGAGAAUUGUCUGCAUGGUCCUUUUCUUUUUUUCUUCAUAUUCAGGCAGUCCCCAGAUUACGAACGAAUUCCAUUCCUAAAUAUGUGUUUAAAUCAAAUUUGCAUGUAAGUCAGAAUGGUUAGGUACAGCUCAUGUCAGUCAAACGUUUGUUUUGGUAUAGAGUAUUUAGUGUACCUUUCUAUGCAUAAAAAAAGAAACCCUUUCAGGUACACUAAAACAUCUUUAUCAUAACAAAAUGGUAAUAAUAAUAAUGUUUUAAUGCACAUUGCAAAGUAACACCCAUUUGUUAUUACGAACCAUUGUAUGUACCUCAAAUUUUAAUAUCAUAGACUUUACAGAGGUUGGUUCUUAACUACAAGUUGUACAUGAGUAGGACAUUCAUAAUCCAGGGACUGCCUGUAAUUCAUGGUAACAUCUCACUGCUUCCCAAAUCUACCAACUUUAGAAAAGCAAUUAGCAUUUGGGUCCAUGUUUUCAAGCAACUGAAGUCCUUGAUUUAGUUUAGAAAAAAACCUUAGCUAAUCCUGUGAUUGAACAUCUGAGAACAAUCACAUCAGCAAAUUAUGUGCUGCAGCAUUGUAUUACUAAUGCAUACUAAGAUAAAAUUACUAAUGAUAAAAUGUACAAAAAAAGAAUGAUCAUAAGAAUGGUUCCUCAUAACUCGAAUAUGUCAUAAAUUGGGGACUGCCUGUACUUCCUCAUUUCCCACUCACCCCUGCUAGUAACCACUAAUAAACUUUGGUCUCUAUGCAUUUGCUUAUUCUGGAUAUUUCAUAUAUUAGUAGCAUCAUACAACAUUUAUCCUUUUGUGACCAGCUUAUUUCACUCAACAUAAUGUUUUCAAGGUUAAUCCAUGUCAUAGCAUGUAUCUGAACUUCAUUUUUCUUUAUGGCUGAAUAAUAUUCCCUUGUAUUGUAUACCACAUUUGAUUUAUGCAUUCAUCUGCUGAUGGACACUUGGGUUCUUUCCACCUUUUGGCUAUUGUGAAUAAUGCUGCAGUGAACAUUGGUGUACAAGUAUCUGUUUGAUUCUCUGCUUAUAGUUCUUUUGGAUAUAUUUGUAGGAGUGGAAUUGCUGGGUCAUAUGGUUGUUUUUUGCCUUAACUUUCUGAGAAAUUACCAUACUGUUCUCCACAGUGGUUGUCCCAUUUUACAGUCCCACCAGCAAUUUCACCACAUCCUCGCCCACAAUCGUUGUUUCCCAUUUUUCUGAAAAUAAACUCUUAUUUUUAAAAGCUAAUAAAUAAUGAUUGUGAACAACCAAUAGUUCCAUGCAGCAUUCUCAAGUAAAUCACAAUCAUCUAUGCCCUUUUUAUCUCAUAUGUAAAAAUAACCUGGCAGUGUUUGCUUCCCCAGAGGUGGCUAUUUGAUGACGAAUAUUGAAAAUGUUUGUCGCCACAGGGUAAUACUAAGCAAUUAUCUAUUCAACUGAGACAGCGGCUUAGUUUUAGCUAAGAAUAAGGAAGAAAGCGUAUCUGAAGCAUGACGUAGCAAGCAGUAUGGAUUUUGUAUUCAUGCAGACCUAGUCUGAAUCCGGAAUUCACUAUUUACUGGCUUUGUAAUCAUUGAUGAUUUAACUUCCUUACAUUUACCACAGCUUUUAAUAUUAUCAAUACCAGAUUUUAAAAUUACAGUAGAAAAUGAACAACUUUAUGCCAAUAAAUACAAAAACUAAGAAGAAAUGGAUAAUUUUUUACAAAAUAUAAAUGAUCAGAAUAGGCUCAAGAAGGUAUACAAAGCCUGAAGAGAGCUGUUGAACUUGUCAAAAACCUACCCAUAAAAAAGGAACAAAUAACCUCUACCAUACACAAACUUUUAUAACAGAUAGAAAAACAGAGAAGCUCUCCAGUUUCGUGUUGGUAGUACAAUCUUGGUUCUAAAACCAGACAUGGACUGAAUAAGAAAGGAACAUUACAGGCCAGCCUCAUUUAUGAACACAUUUCCAAAAAUUUUAAAUAAAAUAUUAGCAAACUAAAUCCAAUUUUGGAUAAAAAUAACAAUAUACCUUGGCCAUGUAGAUAGAGUUCAUGUCAGAACCCAAGGAUACUAAAACAUUAGAAAAUCUUGACUUAACUCAUCACAGUAGUAGAAAAAUCCAUAUGGUCAUUUAAAUGCUAGAAGAGCAUGCAAUAAAAUUCAGUGCUCAUCCAUGCUUAGAAAAGUGGCCAGUGGUCUCUUCUUGCCUGGUUAGGGUUCAUCCCUUUAUGGAAUUCCAUUCAUUUAGAUAUCUUUGUGUGCACAUCUCUUUGAUGGCUUUAAAGAAAAGUGCAAUUUCUCAAUCUGUUUGAGGUUUUCUUUUUAUGGUGGAAACAAUGGCCUUUACAUCUUAACUGGAAGUGUAACUCCAGCACUUAUUGUAAUACACAUCUGGGGUUGGCGCAGUGAUAUGUACAUGGACUGAUGGAACAGACUUAACAUAUUGAAUUUUGUAUAUGACAAAAGAAGCAGUACAAAUAGUGGAGAAAGAGUAAACUGUUAAAUGGUGUUGAGACUGUUAGCUAUCCUAAUGGGAAAAAAAAACUAGAUUCCUAUCUUACAUCAUACUCCAAAUAAAAUCUAGAUGGAUUAAAAAUCUAUAGACAAAACUUUAAAACAUUUAUAAGAAAAUAUGGGAGAAUGUUUUAUGGCCUCAGGAAAUAAAUGUCAUAAAAUAUACUCCAAAGGUCUAAACUAUAAAGGAACGUACUGAUAAAUAUGAUCGUAUGACAUUUAAAGCCCCUGCACAAUAGCAUUGAGAAACCUCAAAUACCUUGGAAUAAAUAUAACAAGACAUGUAAGACCUCUGUAUAGAAAUCUAUUCAACAUUAUUGAGAGAAAUUUAAGAAGACUUUAAUAAGUGAAGGGAUGUACCAUGUUCAUAAAUCAAAAGAUUGAAUAUUGUAAAGAUGUCAGUUGAUUUACAGAUUCAGUAGGCUCCCUAUUAAAAUCUCAGCAAAUUUUUUUCUGAAAAACCUGGUUGAUUCUAAAUUUAUACGGAAAUACAAAGGGCUAAGAAUAGCCAAGACAGUUUUGAACAAGAACAAAGUAUUGGAUAUCAAAAGUUAGUGUGCAGCUCAAUAAUUGUGACUGUGCGAUUAGCACAAGGGUAGACAAAUAGAUCAUUGGAACAAAAUAAGGCGUGCAGAAACAGAUCGGUGGGUAUACAUGGAUAUUUGAUUUAAGAUGUAGGUGGCAGUGUGGAGCAGUGGAGUCAAUUGGCUAUCCCUAUUAAAAAAACAAAAACUUUACCAAGUGUCAUACCAUAUAAAAAAUCAGCUUCAGGUAAAAUAUAGAGCCAAAUAUGAAAGUUAAAUCAUCAAAGCAUUUAGAAGAGAGAAUAUCAUCAUGCCUAGGUAGGGAAAGAUUUCCAAAACAAAUACCAAAAGUACUUACUAUGGAGGAAAAAAUUUGAUAAAUUGGACUACAUUGAAAUUAAGAAUUUUUCUUCAUCAAAAGUCACAACAAAGAGAAUGAAUAGGCAAACAAUGGAAUAGAAGAUAUUUACAGCACAAAUAACAAUAGGCUUGUAUACAGGAUAUGUAAAGAACUACAAGACAGUAAGAAAAAGACAACAUGAUAUAAAAAAGGGCAACAGAUUUGAAUAGGAACUUCACAAAAGAGGAUGUCCAAAUUGCUCAGAAACAUGAAGAGGCACUUAGCCUCAUUAGUAAUUGGGAAAUGCAAAUUAAAAUGAUGAUAUACUAAUAUUCACCCAUUAAAAUUGUUAAAAAGAUGAACAAUAGUGGGUGUCGGCAAGGAAGUAGUACAGUGAGAACUCAUACAUUGCUGGUACAGGUAUAAAUUGUCACAACCAGUUUUGGAAUGUUGAACAUAGGCAUUCACCAUGACCCAGUGAUUUUCCUCCUGGGUAUAUUCUUAACAGAAAUUCAUACCUAAGCAUACCAAAGAUGUGUAAGAAUGUUUGUAAUAGCAUCAUUCCUAAGAGCCCCAAAUUGUAAACAACCCAAAUAUCCAUCAACAGUAGAAUGGAUAAAUGAAAUGUGGUAUAUUCAUAUAAUGAAAUGCUACACACAACAACAUGGAUAAAUCUCACAAAUGUAAUGAUGAGUGAAAGAAGCCAGAUACAAAUGAGUAUAAACUGUAUGAUUCCAUGUAAAUAAAUCUGGGGCAAAAUUAACUUACAGUGUUAGAGCUAAGGACUAUGGAUAUGUUUGGGAAGGAGGGAAAGGUGGUGAUUGGUAGGGGGUAUGAGAGGGGCCUCGCAAGUGUUGGUACUGUUCUACAGGUAGGUCCCAACUUAACGAGUACUCGAGUUAGGAAGAACCACGCGUACCGACCUACUUUUUUGUUUUUGAAGGGGGGAUAUCUUAUCGUUAGUAAUAUGUACGACAUACAGGUUUGCAGUACGUAAUUUUCUGAUGUUGUCAUUCUCAUGCCAGCCUGCAAAGACAAAUACAGAUCACGUUUAUAAAGAUACUGAUAACAAAAGGUGAUAAUAAUGAAAACUAAAAAAAAAAAAAAAGUAUUUGACAAGUCAGAACUGACUUAUGACAGAGUCAUAGGAGUGGAAUCCCAGGUUAAGUCAGGGACUACCUGUAUUUCUUUACUUGGGUAGUGGUGUCCUGCUGUAUUUACUUUGAAAAUUCAGUGAGUUGUGUAUACUUAUGAUUUGUGCCACUGUACAAUGUCUUUGCCAGCACUCAGUAUUGCCAAUCUUUUUUAAUUAAAGAAUUUUAAUGGGUAAAUAAUGGUAUAUUGUCAUGGUUUUAAUUUUCAUUUCCUGAUUACUAAUGAGAUUGAGUGCCUUUUCAUGCUUAUUAGCCAUUUGGCUAUCCUUUUUCAUAAUAAAAAUAUAUAAAUUUUAAAAGAAAAACCAAGCCACAUAUUGGGAGAAGUCAGCUGCAACACAAAACAAAGGAUUUGUAUCCAGAGUGUUUUAUUUUAAAAAUUCCUAAAAAUAAAAAAGAAAAACUAUAUUUAAAAAACAAAAAAAAGACAAUAGAUAAAUGACAAAGGGUAAGAAAAAGCAAAUAAUAGGAGUGGUUGAUGUUAGUUGUCUUUAAGUUGGCUCCAACUCAUGACGACCCCAAGUAUGACAGAACAAAAUGUUGUUUAGUCCUGUGCCAUCUUCAAGAUCAUUGAUACGUUUGAAUCUAUUGUGGCCAUUGUGUCAUCUCAUCCCACUGAGAAUUUCCCUCACCUUCGAUGUGGCCCUGCACUUUACCAAACAUGGUGUUCUUCUCCAGCAAUCGAUCCCUUCUGAUGUUGCAUCCAAACCUUUCUUAGUCUGGGAGCCCCACUGAAACCCUUCUACCAUGGGUGAUGCUGCUGGUUUUUGAAAUACCAGUGACAUAGAUUCCAGCAUCAUAGCAAGAUGAAAGCUACCACAGUACGACAAACUGACUGAUGGCUGAUAGAAAUAAAAGAAGCCUGGAUUCAUCCAUAUGAAACAUAUUAAAAGGUUAGAUUCUUUAAAAUGAGAAAAGUUGAUCUCUGUUUGAGCUCUGAAGGGACUGAAGUGAUUUUAGCUACAUCAAGCGAUGAAAAGCACCCACCUGAAAAUAUCAUUGAUGGGAAUCCAGAAACAUUUUGGACUACCACAGGAAUAUUUCCCCAGGAGUUCAUUAUUUGUUUUCACAAACAUGUAAGGAUUGAAAAGCUUGUAAUUCAAAGUUACUUUGUGCGGACCUUGAGGAUUGAAAAGAGCACGUCUAAAGAGCCAGUUGAUUUUGAGCAGUGGAUUGAAAGAGAUCUAGUACACACAGAGGGGCAGCUUCAAAAUGAAGAAAUUAUGGCACGUGAUGGUUACGCCACUUACUUGAGAUUCAUUAUUGUAUCAGCUUUUGAUCAUUUUGCGUCUGUGCAUAGCGUUUCUGCAGAGGGAAUAGCCGUCUCAAACCUUUCUUAGUAAUUCUAAGGCAGUGCUCUUGCGUGAAUUUUUAACGAUAUAUUUAUUCAAACAUGAAGUUGUCAUUGAAAUACUUUAUUAAAGGGAUUUGUAUCAAUCUGUUUUCGGUUAUUUAUUCUCUCCUUGGUAUUUUAUGUAAAGGAACUCUGGUUUCUUCAGCCAGCAGUGCUGGCCACCCGGGUGGAGAUAUGGAAGCUCUCACUUCAGUGUACAGCUUAAUCAAGGACGUGACUAAUAUACGUGAAAAUUUAACUGAUAAUACGUUGUGUCACCACAGCAUCCAACAUGGUGCCCUUCAGGUCUCAGUGCAUUAACUUUUUUAAUUUAUUGAUUGAUUGACAGUAGACAGUAUAGAGUUCAGAGAAGUGAAAGUACUUAUGAGAAGGUUUUAUUGUAGUUAGAGAACUUGAACUGGGCCCUGUAGGACAAGUAGUUUUAAUUUUAUUUUAUUCUUAUUUGAAGUCCUCAGAAAAGAGUUAAGAAACACAUAAUCUUAUUUAUCAGAGACAAGCAUUAUUGACAUUUUUGGUAUAUUUCACAAAUAAUAACGAUAUCUACCAAUACUUGAUCAUUUAUUAUGUGUCAGGAGCCCUGGUGGUGCAGUGGUUAAGAGCUUGGCUACUAACUAAAAGGUCAGCAGUUCAAAUCCACCAGCUGCUCCUUGGAAACCCUGUGGGAUAGUUCUACCCUGUUCUGUAGGGUCGCUAUGAGUCGGAAUCAACUCGACACCAAUAGGUUUGAUUUUGAGUUUUAUUAUGUGUCAAGCACUGUUAGCAUUUUGCAUGCAUAUAUAUAUAUAUUUUUUUAUCUAUACAACUACCCCAUGUGGUGAAAACUGUUGCUAUUUUCAUUCUGUAUCUGACAAAAUUUAAAUUUAGAGAAGUUAGGUCAUUUGUCCAGGGUCACACAGUUAGUAGAUGGCAGAGCCAGAAUUCAAACGCUGUUUCAUUUAGCUCCAGAGUCUGACCUAUUACAUACCAUCCUAUCUGGUCUUACUUCUUCUACUGCUUUUUAUCCUAAUACUAGACCCGCUAACUGUGUGACCUCAGCAAGUUACCUUCUUUCUCCAGACCUCAGUCCCCUCACCCUAAAAGGAGGAGACUGGGCUAAGUAAUCUUCAAGUUUGCUUACUGAUCUAACCUCCUGCAGGUUGUGACUCUCCAGUCUUCAGCCCAAUUCACAGGGCAUUUUUAUAUUUUUUUCUUUUCCAUUCCAUUUGAACAAGUUUUAUCUUAACUUGCUUUUAUAGGUUAGAAAAUACCUCCUAAGAGUUUAAGUCAGUGAUCUAAGGCUAACCCUUGCCUUCUGGUGUAUAACACAUAUAAUUCUGGGUAUUUUUUUUUACUAAAAUUUUAUCAUUCUCAUUUUUCCUGUUAACAAAAGUUCUCUGUAAAUACCUCUUUAUUGACAGUACUAUACAAUAUCCCAUCAUGAAGAUAUAUCUUUACUGAACAAUUCUUAUAAAAUCGGACAUUUAGAUAUUGCUAUUUUUUUUAUGUUUUUACUGUCCCUGGAUGGUGCCAACAGUUAAGCGCUACUAGCCGAAAGGUUGGCAGUUCGAACCCACCCAGAGGCAUCUUAGAGACAGGCUUGGUGAUCUUCCAAAAGGUCACAGCCUUGAAAACCCUAUGGAGCAGUUCUGCUCUGCAUACAUGGGGUCUCCACGAGUCAGAAGUAACUUGAUGGCAACUAACAGUAACAAGUUUUUACCAUUAAAAACAAUGGUGGAUUCCAAUUGCUGAUGGGAAUGUGAAAUGGUAUAUGCCCCUAUGGGAAGGAAAUCCGCAAUGUCUAGAAAAAUCACGUUAUUUAUCAUUAUUAUAAUGAUGGAUAUGUCAUUAUUCAUUUAAUAAUGAAACACGUAUCAUUCCUUGACUAGGAAUUUUUCCCAAAGCUACACAGGCAAAAACAUUAAAUAACUUACAACAGUAUUCUUUUUUUUUUUUUUCUUAUUGUGCUUUAAGUGGAAGUUUACAGUUCAAGUUAGUUUCUCAGACAAAAAUUUAUAUAUACAUUGUUAUGUGACCCUAGUUGCUCUCCCUAUAAUGUGCCAGCACACUCCUCCUUUCCACCCCAGAUUUCCCAUGUCCGUUCAGCCAGCUCUUGUCCCUUUCUGCCUUCUCAUUCCAUCCCUGGACAGGAGCUGCCCUUUUAGUCUCAUGUAUCUACUUGAGCUAAGAAGCACCCUCUUCACGAGUAUCAUUUUAUGUCUUCUAGUCCAGUCAAAUCUGUCUGAAGAGUUGGCUUCGGGAAUGGUUUUAGUUUACGGCUAACAGAGAGUCCAGGGACCAUGUCUUCUGGGGUCCCUCCAGUCUCAGACCGUUAAGUCUGGUCUUUUUACUAGAAUUGGAGUUCUGCACCCCACUUCUCUCCUGCUCCCUCAGGGACUCUCUGUUACAAGAGUUUUCUUUACACCAUUAUUUAUAAUAGUAAGUAUUUACAACUGUCCAAAGUGUUUGACUGACAGCUAGUUGGAUAAACUACUGUGUAGCCUCACAAUAGAAUAUUAGCAGCUAUAAAAAGGAAUAAGGAGGCUCUCUAAACACUGACAUGGUCUGGUCUCCAGGAUAUUGUUAGCAAUGAAGAAAGCAAAGUGCGAAAACUAUAUGUAGUCAAUUAUCUUUUGUGUAAGAUGGGAUGUGGAUGACAUACAUAUAUACAUAUUUUCUUAUAUUUGGAGAAAGAAAUACUGAAAGAAUUAAAAAAAAAUAAUACAGAUGAUUACCUAUGGGGAAGGGAGAGAACUAGAUAGGACAGAUAGAGAUAGAAGUUAGACUUCUCUGAAUAUAGUAUUUAACGUAGUUUUGACUUUGGAAGCAGAAAAAAUAAAACAGUCCUUAAAAGUUGAAAACACUUCCACCAGACCAAGUCCAGUACGACAAAAUGGUUCCCGGCUACCACCACUGACUGCUCUGAUGGUGAUCACAAUAGAGGAUACCAGACAGAGCUGGAGGAAAAUGUAGAACAAAUUCUAACUCACAAAAAGGAUCAGACUUACUGCCUGACAGAGACUGGAGAAACCCCGAGAGUAUGGCCCCUGGACACCCUUUUUGUUCAGUAAUGAAGUCACUCCUGAGGUUCACCCUUCAGCAAAUGAUUAGGCUCAUAAAACAAAAUGAGACUAAAGGGGCACACCAGCACAGGGGCAAGGACUGGAAGGCAGGAGGGAACAGGAAAGCUGGUAAUAGGGAAGGGAGUGUGUUGACAUGUCAUGGGGUUGUUAACAAAUGUCAUAAAACAAUAUGUGUACUGUUUAGUAAGAAGCUAAUUCUAUAAACCUUCAUAUAGAGUACAAUUUAAAAAAGAGUUGAAAACAAAUGCGUGAGCCUAACUUCAUCACAAGUUGGUAAUACAAAAACAUAGAAAAAUAUAAUUAUUUUAAAUGACUUUAGAACAUAAUGUUUUUUCUAUGCAGUCUUAGUGGAAUGUAUUGUAAAGACAAGUAGAGAUUAUUGGUAGUAAUAUUAUACUUUAUUUUGAAACUGUUUUAGUAUCUUAUAUGUUGUAGGACAAUGCAAAUAAGUGUGUUAAUGUGGUUAGGAAUCAAGAUGACUAGUUUAAAAGAAAUAAAAGUAUAAAAUCAAAGAAUUAAGUAAAAUCCUGAAAUGUUCCAUUUUAAUUGAAAAUACCAGUGUAAACUCUUUUUUUUUAAGAGAUAAAUGUUUCUUAGUUCUAUCCACUGAAAAGUUUUAGAAGCAGUGACAUCCUAAUAGCAGGGAGUACACCAAAUACCCAGAUUAUGAUCUCUAAAUUCUUUUCCCAUUAAUUGGAACCAAGGUUCUUUGGAGGAAUGACUGAUUCUAAGUCUGGGACAAGAAAUACACGAGAUAAGCCUGGAACAUUUUGUUGUGCCAGAAAGUAAAGACUAAUGGGUCAUGUUAAAGGAUAAAUAAACCUUUAGGGUCAUGGUUUCAUGGGACAUCACAGUUAAUUGGCCUAAAAACAUAUUUACUUCUGCCGUUCUGCC